UGCCAUUCGAAAUCCAUUUUCUGUUGUCGGCGAGUAAUCAUUAAGUAUUCAUUAAGUAUUGACCCGCAUUCUUAAUUUUCUCACAAAGACAGCAUAGUACAAAACGUCUUCUCUCACAUACUUUGUGCCAUACAUAAAACCAGAACGAAAUGGACACAAACCAUUUGCGGAGACAACAUCCAACGAAGCAAAGCAAUUUAACGAUUUUCGAUUGAGACAAUUCCCGUAUUGAAAAUACGAGAUUAAGUAUUGAUUGGUUGACUUCCGAACUAUCCAACGAACAAACGGUCAACGAUCCCUGCUCAUAGGAUCGAAAAGAGAAAGUUUGUCUGUUGGAAAAAGAUACCUUUCAGUCCAGUCCUGGUCAGUCCCACCCCCAACACAGUUUGUACACUAGUCGAAUAAGAAAGGAUCACGAGACCAUGAACAGCAUCAUUGAGAACGAGGCCUUCGACGAAAGCAAUAGCAUGUUCAACAACAACGCAAAGAGCACUAUCGAGGACAAUUGCGAGGACCAAGGAAGUUUGGUCAGCGCCUUGUCGGGAGAGGAUACCGACGUCUCUCUCUUACUCGGCGAGGAGGUUUCCCAUUGCAACGAUCACUAUGCGGAGAAUGGUGAAACGAAACAGCCGCGGCGAGACGAUAGCGAGGAAGACACCGGCACGACUAUCGAUGCCACUACGCUCGUGAGCACUACCUCCAGCAACGCGUCCAACUAUUUCCUUCCCCACCACAAGCACAACGACAGCCUCUGCUAUUCCACGACGUCGUCGACGUGCGAUACAGAACAUCAAAGAGUCGCCCCGUCGUCGUACCUCACGAACUCGAAUCUUGGAAGCUUUCAGCAAGCCUUUCCUUCCUCCAUGUUUCCGGGACAAACGCUUCUUCCUCCGCACCACUCCAAACGCACCGAGCAACCAGAAGGAAAGUCGUCGAAUUCAAAUUCUCAUCUUCCUUCUUACUAUUACUAUAGCUCGUCUUAUCAAAACAGCACCCUGAACGACAUCGAGGUUGGGAAUAACCUCAAUAGAACACCGGCUGUUGGCAGCAACGUAUACCAGAAGCGAACUAAAACCUCGGACCGGUGGGUUCUGUUUUACGAUGACGGCGAAACCUCCUCACUGCUCCGGGCACCGUCCGCCAACUCGUGGAGGGGAGCCCUGAAAUGUUUCUUUUCUCCUCGGGUUGUGCUGACGGUGUUGCUGUGCUCGGUAAUUCUGUUCAACCUGAUGCGAUACGGAACCCACUUCAAGCACCAGUUCGAAACCUACCAGCACGGCAGCAAUAGCCUCGGUGGAUCGAGCAAGGUCGAUACUAGCGUCGACUACAUCAAACUCGAAACCAUAGGAGGCGCGGCCAAUUCUCCUUACUCCGAAUCCUGGAAGGACGACGACUCGUUGUCCUUGCUAUCAAAAUUGGAGAGUAAGAUCCACGCGGUGGGGGGACGAGAAAAUGAGAAUGGCGGUGGCGAACGAAGGUGACCACGGAAAUGAAUGCAAGAACAGGAUUGUGAAGGGUGAUUCUUUUGUAUUGGAUUAAUUCCGUUGCUCUCUAGAGCACUGCAUGAAGUAUCACAACCCCAAAUCCCACCAAACUCCUUCGCUCUCCCGAGGAUACGAAACUACACAUACCUAACACUGCCAUGCCCAGCUAGGCACUUCCGCGCUUGUGUUUCAGUGCUGUACAAACCAAGUGAAAACAAGUCUAAUGCGGAAGGAUCAUCUUACAAAACGCUUAGAAGUCAAUGUCGGCUCGGGCAAUCUGCUAAACGCUAUUAAUAACAUUGAAUACGGACUCCAACACGCAAAACUGUCUUGUCACAGUAUUCGAUGGCUCGAGUUGCCCAGCAAAGCAUUGAAUCCUAUAUUCCUCAAACAAUACGUAGAAAGUAAAAAAAAUAGAUGAACAAGUAUAUU